UUCCCAGAGCGGGAGCCGCAGCCACCAUGGCCGACCAAUGAUUCACCACAGCUCUCAGUUUCAGUACUGCAGAGCUGCCAUUCUCAGCAGCCAAACUCGUCAUGAUCAGAAGACGAUAGUGAGGCGAUCCGCCAACUACCAGCCCCCCAUUUGGGAACGUCACUAUUUGCAGUCACUGAGCAGUGAAUAUACGGGAGAUGGGUACGAGAAGCGGUCGGCGGAACUGAAAGAGGCUGUGAGGAGGAGGAUGAGGGAGAAGACGGAGGAUCCAUUGGAGAAGCUGGAGUUGAUAGACGCAGUGCAUAGGCUUGGAGUGUCUUACCAUUUUCGGGCUGAGAUUAGAAGCACGCUUGAGUUGAUGACGAUGAACGACGAUGGUGGUCUCAUAGUAAGCGAUUGGUGCAGCAACGGGGAUCUACACGCUGCUGCCCUCCAUUUCAGGCUCCUGCGCCAGCACCAGCUUAAGGUCCCUCAAGUUUCCUAUGAGCUUAAGGAGUCGUUGGGUGGGGACACCAAGGGACUUCUUUCCUUGUAUCAGGCGUCCUUCCUUUCAUUGGAUGGUGAAAGUAUAUUGGAAGAGGCAAGACAAUUCUCAACUAAGCAUCUCAAAGAGUACUUGAUGAUUAACAGAAGCCCGGAUGAUGAUGAUGAUGAGAAUCAUGAGAUGCUGCUGCUAUUAGCUCAUGCUUUGGAGCUUCCAUUACAUUGGACCUUGCCUAGGGUGGAGGCAAGGUGGUUCAUUGAUGCAUAUGAGAGGAGGCCAACCAAGAAUGCCAUCUUGCUUGAGUUUGCCAAACUAGAUUUCAAUAUGCUGCAAGCUAUUCACCAAGAAGACCUAAAACAUGCUUCCAGGUGGUGGGAAAACAUGAGGUGGAGGGAAAGGCUACCCUUCGGAAGGGACAGGAUAGUGGAGAAUUAUUUAUGUUCUAUGGGACAGAUUUAUGAGCCUCAAUUCGAAUACUACAGAAGAAUGGCCACAAGGAUCAACCAAAUCCUCACUUGCAUUGAUGAUAUUUACGACAUUUAUGGUACAUUGGAUGAGCUCCAGCUCUUCACAAAUGCAGUUGAAAGUUGGGAUGUCAAUGCAGUGGAACAACUUCCAGACUACAUGAAGAUUUGCUUCUUUGGUAUGUAUAAUUGUGUUAAUGAAAUAGCUUACGACACUCUUAAGGAAUGCGGUGUUCACAUCCUCCCAUAUCUUAAAAAGAAGUGGGAAGAUUUAUGCCAAUAUUACAUGAGAGAGGUAAAAUGGUCUUAUAUUGGUUACAUACCAACGUUGAAGGAGUAUUUAAAUUGUGUUUGGAUUACAGUAGCCAGUCCUAUAGUUCUCUAUCAUGGUUAUUUUUUAAGCACAAAUUCCUUAACUGAUGACGACGAGUUGAAAUGCUUGGAGACAUAUCCAGAUAUAAUCAAGUGGUCGUCAAUCAUUGCAAGGCUAGCAAAUGAUUUGGUAACAUCAUCGGAUGAGAUGAAAAGAGGUGAUAUGCCUAAAUCAAUAGAAACAUACAUGCAUGAAACUGGAGCUUCUAUAGAGGAUGCUCGCGAGCAUGUAAAGCAUUUGAUUAGUGAAGCAUGGAGCAAGAUCAAUGAAGCUCGAGCUGCAGAUUCACCUUUCAAUCGAACUUUUGUUGACAUGGCGACAAACUUUGUUAGAUUUUCUCAAUUUAUCUACCAGCAUGGAGAUGGGUAUGGAAAUGAUAUUGGAGGUAGGAAGAAAGAUCGAGUGAUUUCAUUGUUAUUUGAUCCCAUUCCUCUCACAUCGAAGUACAAUGAGAAUUUAUCAGCCACCUCAACACCUUAUGCAGCUCCUGAGACAUGCCAUUCAACAGAAAUAGGCAUAAUUUUCGCAUAUGGUGUCCGUUUUGGGCCCUCGACCCCAUUUCAGAAAGCUCGUGACGAAACGCAUCUAAUUCACUACUUUGCUGUGACUUAUGAUGGAUUUUGGCAGUUUGAGAUCAUUUACACUAUCAAAACUGCCUGUCAUGCAGCUGUCUAUAUGAACAAGCCUACUUCAGCUGAGAUGACAACCAUGUUAAUACAUAAACUACAUAAACCUAGGGAACAAGUUACAGAUGCUGAAGCUCUGUUAGAUAUAACAAACACGUUGGUGGGGGUAAGUGGCGGUAUUGAGGAUGGUAGGAACACUGUACGUUGGAAGGAUAUUGGUCUUGCAGUUUCUCAUAUUUACCAAAGGACUCCUGGAUGCUGCACAAUGCUUGGACCUAUGAAUAAUGAACAAAAGCAAAGGGCUCUAUGCUGCACGAUGCUUGGACCUAUGAGUACUCAACCAAAACAAGGGAAGACUGCUGUUCGUAAAAAGCGAGUGAGACCAACAGAAUGUGCUCUGCCUGAAGAGUAUAUUGAAGGAUAUAGAUUAAAAGAAGCAGAGUAUGCCGUAGCUCCUGGCUAUAGUCUCCAGAGUUGUUCCCAGGAGCAGUCGAAGACGGGAUCGCAACAACUGAGAGCUGGCUUCGGCGACGGGUCCGUUCGGGAGAAGGCUGGCACCUGCAAGCACUCUGACGCUCAAGUGAUGUAA